UGGGCGGGCAGCGGCUACACCUGGCGGCCAUUUUGGAUAGGGGAGAAGAAGCUCGCGCUCGGCGGACAUCUUGCUUGGGGGCAGGGGAGACGUUAGAACCGUUAGGGGCUGGUGGUGUGGUGCCCGCAUGGCUCGGCAGCGCUGCUCCGCCGGUCACCGCUUUUCUUAGUUUUUCUCUAGAAACCAAGGUGCCAGGCGGUGGUUUGCGGAAGGGCAGCGGCCGGCUGCCGCCGCGCGUCCCUCAGGCGCCGCCCUGUGAAGCAUCACCCAGGCUUUUAAAAAAAAACACCUCAGCUUUGCCCCGCUCCGGCUGCAGUCACUCUGCAUCACUCCUUCGCUCACCUGGCUGAGCCUUCGUGCAGGUGCCUGCUUCUCCACGCAUGUGGUAAAGGCACCCAAAGAUGGGCAGAGUGUGAACAGUUUGCAGCUGUUGUGUUAGAAGCUGCUGUAUUUUCAAGUGGGCAUGUGUGGCAGGAAUUUUCAGUUCCUUAUCUCUACUGAAUUCCAAAUUGCUUCAGCACUGGCAGUCCCUUCUUUGCUAAGGACCAGUUUACAUUGAACAGUCAUAACAGUCAUGGCAUCCAACAAAUUUGUCAUUAAGUGUGGGAACUUUGCUGUUUUGGUGGAUGUUCAUAUUUUGCCUCAAGGCUCCAGUAAAGACACCAGCUGGUUUUCAGAUCACGAGAAAGAGGAGGUCUGCAUGCUCCUGGAAGAGGUUGUUGCUUCGAGGGUCAAGCACUACUUGGAAGCGCCUAAACAACGUGGUCAGUGGAAAUCGAUGGAACAUGCAUCAUCUGCUCCUUUGUUUAUUGCAGCCAACAGUUUUCACAUUACUGCCUAUUUUAUGAAGAGAUGGGUUAAUCUCCGUUGUGCUGUAGGGGAACAUUAUCGUGAGCUACGUGUGUUUCCAGACAAAUUUGUAGUUUGUGUCAGUAAACUUGAAUUUAAUCCAAGUGCUUGGACAUGUGAAGAGGGUGCAUUGAAAGAAGAAGUUUCCAGUGGGACAUCUGAAUAUUUUACUGAAUCUGCUGAGAACAGAAAGCUUAGGAUUAGCCUGAACGAGCAGAUAAAGCAAGACAUCUUGAAAGAAAUUGUGAAAAGGACAAAGAAAAGGAAAAGUACCAUGAGCAAACCCCAAACCAGCAAGGACUCCAAGAAAGUGGAUCUUGGCUCAGUGGACUCACAGACAGAGAACAGAAAGAAUGACUGUCAAACUUCCACCAGUUCUCAAUCUGAAGUGAAAUGUAGGAGUAUAGGACAACUAAAGGAUUGCAUAAAUACAGCUGAGAGCAACUUGGAGCUUCCUAUUUUAGAGAUGGAAAAUAAUGUUAAUCAGAGACAGCCAGAGGAUACUAGCAGCCAGCGAAAACCUCACCCUGUGGAGUGGUUGAAGUCAAGACUUCUAAGCAAGAACCCUCCUUGUAGCUAUGAGUCAGCACUGCUAGAUCCAGAACAAAAUCAAAAAGUGACCAAAACACAGGCUCAACAAGGGAGUUGUGGUUCAGAAGAAAAGUUAGACCAUUUCAAAAAAGCAUCCUCUGAAGAGGCUACUUUAAUUCCUAGCAAUACCGAAAUGAGUAAGUGCAAUGAUGGUUGUUUAGGUCUGUUGGAGGAGAAGACCCCACUUAAUUCCAGGGUGUUUUCUAAACAAGACUUAACAAAGACUGUGUCUGAUGAAGAGUCACUUACUUUGGGAAAAAACCUCUCCCAGCCUCCUUCUGUGGGGCACAACAUAGUGCAGACAAACCAAAAUGAGCCAGGCACAACCACCGAAGAAUUACCUGCCAUGCCUUCGUCAUCUUGUUCAGAACUGCAGCCUGUGCCUUUGGAGAAGCCUACCCAAAAAAGGAAAAAAGAGGGUGAAGAUGGUCUCAGGAAGUUAAAACUACGAAGGCUUAAGAAGUCAUAAAGCCUGAAAUAUUACCUCAAUGGCAUGGAUGGACAGCCAGAUUUGUGUUUGGAAAGUGUAUAUAAAAAGUAGGAAGCAAUUCAAAAUAAUGAAAAAUAAUCUUUAAAAAGUCCAAAUUAGAUAAACUUUUAAAGAAAAAAUACUUAACUAAACAUCAUAGCUAUUUGACACUGUAAUUAGAUAAUUCUGUUAUGUCUUUUGACAUUAGACCCAUAAAUACUGUACAAAUCAGAUGUAAUAUUUAUAAAAGGAAAAAUCUCCUAUAAAAUAUUUACUAAGCAGAAUUUCAGAUCUCUGCAUGUUUUGGUACUAUUAAAAAGUCGUGACAGCUGAUGACAGAAAAAGUUAAAAUCACUUUUGUAAUCUGUUAACAGCUGCAGUUAUCCAUUUUUUUUGAUGUUUCUAAACACAUGGUUUAUUUUAGUAAAAAUUAAUCCUUUUUCUGCAUUAGGAAGUUUGUGGUUUAUUCAUGUGAUCUUUACAACAGUAAGGCAAAUUGAGGUUAUUUCAAAUAAAUCUUUAACCAGAUUUUAAUAUUUCUGAUAAUUUAAGGGCAACUUUUCAGUGGGCUUUCCAAAUAACUAUAGUUUGUGCUUGGGCAGUUUUGACAGGAAUGUGUAUUUCUAAGGUGAGCUGUAUCACUCGUAUAGUGAUCAUGCAUUCACUAUUUGGAAAAAUGAAGAUUAUUUUUAUGUGUAUAGUCACCUGGAUUUGCAAACAUUGCUGUUGGGGAAAGUUCAUACAUAAACAUACAUACACUUCUUUAUGCACUCAGGUUUCACAAUCAAGCCUUGUUUGUGUGCAAGGACAACAGUCUGUGCUUUUCAGGUGUUAGCGACCUAAGUUAUUUUUUAUUUUAAGAUACAGGUAAUUUUUAAUCGUAUGGUGUUUUUUAAUAAUGCUUUUGUAAGUUGUAUGCUAAUGUGCUAAGGAACUAAGGAACUGUAACUUCUUUCAUGUUUGUAUUUUUAAAUGGUUAAAAUAAAAUUACAAGCAAUUUCC